CCCCUGACCCCUCAGCCCUCACCAACCGAGCCCGACGAGGCGACGACCACCCCCAUUCCUCCUCCCCCAACUUCUCGGCUCCCCACCUCCCUCGCCGCGGAACGCGCGGCCCGUCCCCGCCCGUGUUGAUCUCUUCAUUCCUUGGUAUUCCUUGGUGCGGUAGCCGAGCGCUCCGGCCAUGGCGUUCUUCCGGGGCCUCACCGCGGUCUCGAGGCUGCGAUCCCGCGUGACGCAGGAGGCCACCACGCUGGGUGGUGUGAGAUGGGUGCAGAUGCAGAGCGCUUCCGAUCUCGAUCUUAGGUCCCAAUUGCAGGAACUGAUUCCCGAACAACAGGAUCGCUUAAAGAAGCUCAAGUCAGAGCAUGGAAAGGUCCAGCUUGGAAACAUAAAUGUGGACAUGGUCCUUGGUGGAAUGAGAGGGAUGAUUGGAAUGCUUUGGGAAACAUCACUACUUGACCCAGAGGAGGGCAUUCGUUUUAGGGGCCUCUCAAUUCCAGAGUGCCAGAAAGUGCUGCCGACGGCGGUUAAGGGUGGUGAGCCUUUGCCUGAGGGUCUCCUUUGGCUUCUUCUGACGGGAAAGGUUCCAACCAAAGAGCAAGUUGAUUCCCUUUCAAAGGAAUUGCUGGCCCGUUCAAGUGUCCCAGCACAUGUCUAUAAGGCAAUAGAUGCUCUCCCUGUAACUGCACAUCCUAUGACACAGUUUACCACUGGAGUAAUGGCUCUUCAGGUUGAGAGUGAAUUUCAAAAAGCUUAUGACAAAGGACUGCCAAAAACAAAGUUCUGGGAGCCUACGUAUGAAGAUGUCCUAAACUUGAUUGCUCGGCUUCCGCCAGUGGCAUCUUAUGUUUACCGGAGGAUUUUCAAGGACGGGAAAUCAAUAGAAGCUGAUAAUGCUCUGGAUUAUGCUGCAAAUUUCUCACACAUGCUUGGUUUUGACGAUCCCAAAAUGCUGGAGUUGAUGCGCCUCUAUAUAACAAUUCACACUGAUCAUGAAGGUGGGAAUGUCAGUGCACAUACUGGUCAUCUGGUUGGAAGUGCCCUGUCAGAUCCCUAUCUUUCUUUCGCAGCAGCUCUGAAUGGUUUAGCUGGGCCACUUCAUGGUCUGGCUAAUCAGGAAGUGCUUCUAUGGAUCAAAUCUGUAAUUGAGGAAACUGGGAGUGAUGUUACCACAGAUCAACUCAAAGACUAUGUCUGGAAGACACUAAAGAGUGGAAAGGUUGUUCCUGGCUUUGGUCAUGGAGUUCUGCGUAAGACAGACCCACGGUAUUCAUGUCAAAGGGAGUUUGCCUUGAAGCAUCUGCCUGAGGAUCCACUUUUCCAAUUGGUAUCCAAGUUGUAUGAAGUCGUGCCUCCUAUUCUCACUGAGCUGGGCAAGGUAAUGUGGUUGAUCAUGUUCUCCACUCUUGUUUUAACAUACUCUCAUGAACACCAUUCUUUGCUCAUGUAUUCUCAGGUCAAGAACCCAUGGCCGAAUGUUGAUGCACACAGUGGAGUUUUGCUGAACCACUUUGGAUUAUCUGAAGCACGGUAUUACACAGUCUUGUUUGGUGUCUCAAGGAGCAUGGGGAUAGGAUCUCAGCUCAUCUGGGACCGUGCCCUUGGCCUACCACUGGAGAGGCCGAAGAGUGUCACCAUGGAGUGGCUGGAAAACUACUGCAAGAACAAGGCUGCUUGAAGCUAAACAUAGGCUGAUGCUUUUUUACACACCGUCAUUUUUCCUGUUAAUAAAUUACAGUAGUCGUUUUCCUUUUGGCGGUCGAAUAACAAGAGCAAGAGGCUCUCAGACGGCAGAAUUUUGUAUCCUCCGUCACUCGUGACAUCCAUAUAGUUGAAUCUCUGCGGCACCACUGAGCAGACGAGAAUAGGACAUGUUCAUUAAUCUUUAUACAUGGCGAUGCACGCCAGUUCUUUUAACCUUUGCUCGUUCGAGUCUGUUUACAGUUAUUUGGGUUUUGGCAGCAUAAGCUGACAGUUCUUUCAUGAUAAAAGAGGAUAUUCUGAUGCC